UUGUUGUACUAUAUACGUAAUUCAAGUAAUAUCUGUAAUGGUAACUACUCCGAUGCUCGGUGUGCGUUUUCAAAUGGCACGUUUUGCGCCCAUGAGAGAAUUGGAUCGUUAUAUUAUUUCUUGGGAAUAAAAUGGCUAAACUCAGUUCCUAUUACACACUGUGCCCAUUAAUCGAUCAACAGAAUUUGUUGGGUGUUGAAAAAGAUUCGGAUUCUGGCUGCGCCAUUGUUACCCUUGGCAGAAAUAUUGUUAUUCGAUAUAAGCUCCAAGAUUUAAAGCAAGUUAAUAGUUGGACGAGCAAGGAGCGUUUAACUACACAAGUCAUAUAUGACCAAACAGAAAGUCGUUAUGCUGCAGUCUUCAAUGAGAAUCAUGUUCGUGUUUGGUCUGAUGAGGAAACAGAUCUGGAGAAAGUCAAGAGAUAUAAGUUCAGUACUCCAUUUCACACAAUACUUUCAUUAGAAGGACAUCCGCCAGUUUUAGUUACACAAAAUGGUGCAACAGCUUCCUUAGAAUGGGCAUUGCAAAAUAAGAAAUCAUGGACUAGUCCAGGUGUUCUAAGAGAAAAUGAAAAAAUAGUACAGUGCCAAUUAGUUAGUGUAAACAAUGGAACAUACCUCUGUGCUUUGACAAAAGCAAAAGCAGAACAUGUGUACAAUUAUGUGACUGUCGGUCUAAAAAGAAGCACGUACCAAGAAGAUCCUGAUCAAAUCACAAGAAUAGAACUGAAACGAACUUCGGAAGACCUCAUGGGACACGUUGUUAUGCAAGAUAACAAUAAUGCAUAUCUCUUGACUUUGUGGUCUCAUGGAAGAUUAUGCAGGUAUACACUAACAGGAUCUUCCUCAACUCCACCUCCUGGUGCAUUAGUAACUGUCGUCACAACUGUUAGUACAAAGCAUCCUGUUGUGAUGACAGCUUUAAAUGAAACCACUGUAGCAGUCUAUGGUGCGGAUGAGUUAGAAGAAGGUGCUGUUCUUAUGAUAUAUAAUGUGCAGUUUAAACUUGCACAGGCUGUUCAAAAAUUGAAAUUAUACACAAAGGAUGCUAAGUUGUGGAAAGUUGAAGACAAAUUACUAUUAGCUGCCAAUAGGCACUUGGCAAUAGCUCCAUAUAGACUUGCUCCGCAGAAGAUAGAAAGCCUGCUAGGAUCAUCCUUGAGAUUUAAAAAUAAUAUUAAAGAGAGAAAUGAGGAUAGUGAGGUUAUGGUAGUUCAGGAAUCUGUGGUAGCAAAGUGGGAUGAUCAUUUAGGGAAUGCUGCAGCAUUUUCAUUUAAGAGACUACCUAAAUCCUUGCCGAAAGAAGCUUUAACCCUUGUCAAUGAAGGAUUGAGCGAUGCUGCCAUUCAGCAAAUAAUAAUUCCUCAACUUAUCGAAAGAAAGGAUAUCCAGGCGAUUAUUUGGUGUCUUGAUAAUUUCAAUGACAUACCAGAGAAGUUACUAGUGGAUUUGUUAGCGUUCUGUUUGAAAGAACCAGAACAGACUUUUACACCUGUAAAAAAUGGACUAAGUGAAACCCAAAUCAAAAAGUCGAUAUCUUUGAGAAGGAGGACCUUCCUAGACAAGAUCCUUAACACGAGCUAUUCUGACAUUUGUUUAUUAUCCUACCUAAAAACCGGACUGAGUUUUAACGAAGUAUUGACACUACUACAUUAUUUAAUUAAGAAGCUCGAUAAUGAAACUGAUGAAAUUAAAGGCUCGUCUCCACUCUGUGAAAAACAGUUGAUUAUUUGGGCGACUUUACUGCUAGAUUCUCACUAUCAACAUUAUCUUUUAUCACAAGACCCAGAGAUCUUAGCUCUAUUUAAUAAAUUAGAUUCCAUCUUAGAAGCACGUUUUCAGCUAAUCGAAGAGUUACAAAAUAUUAGACCCAUGCUGGAAAGGAUAGCACAUGGCAAACCUCUAAAGCCUACACCGAAGGAUUUUAAUAAAUUCUAUUCCAUCGAAGAAGUUAAGUUGUACUGAGACUCCGAAAAUUCUCGCUUUGAUUCCUGGCGAGAAUUCUUAAAUAAUGUUUUAAAACACCCAGCGAAACGGUUCCACCAUUGUACACAAAUAAACAAAUAUAUUUUAUUUCUUAUUAACAUAAA